AUGUCAUCUGCGAGCGAUGGCAAGGCCGUGCCGUUUCCCGAUGUGGAUGUGGAUGCGGAUGAACCGCCAAGCUACGAAGUGGCGAGCGUAGGCACCCGGAGUGCCAGCGAUAUCCAUACCAACAACACCGUUACGACUACGACGACAGAGAAACCCGCAAGGCCCACGGCGGCUCUGGCGAGGAAUAAGACAGACGAUCACCUUAUACAGAAAGUCACCGCAGUUUCGUCCCAAUCUAGUGCAUCGGGAUCCGUAAGCGCCCAUACUAUGCUGUCAUCAAGCCCAGCUAACACGUCUUCUUCAGUCCAAACCCAUCAUCGUAUCCCUGGAAAGAUUCGAGCCCGCUGGACUCAUCAGACCCGGCCGCGUUCGCCCUGGAGGCCCUCCCGUUUCCUCGGAAAAGGACGUCAUCCUCAUCCACAAAAGCAUGACUUUCGUCGAACUAGAAGCUCUCCUCUACAAGCGCUCCAAGAUCCGCGAAGUCAUGCCCUCCCGACAAUCGGAUCAGAAGUCCUACUCUGGCGUUUCCCUGCGAACUGGACGCGACAAGGAUGAAAUGUGGAUCAAUGUCGAGGAUGAACAGGGUUGGGAGGCCGGGAGAGAAUUGCUCUUCACCAGAGACGGGAGUAUGUUGACGUAUACAUUGAUCGUGACAGCGGAGGAUUACGCGGAAACGGAAAUGGAGAGGGGCAAUGUGGCGCGGAGGGCGAAGGCCGUGAGGAGAUAUAGUAUGGGUGUUUCGAAUGCGGGCAUGCAGCCUGGUGGUCCUGGCAGUCCUGGCGCUCGGGAGAAGAAAAGCGAAAAGUGUGUUGUCCAAUGA